UUAAUUCUCCGCUUGUCAGUUGUGUUGCUGUUCAAAGAGAUCUGGUCAAAAUAUAUUUUUUUAAUUUUUACAUUUAAGUUAAUUUAUUAAGUAAAAUUCUAAGAGUUAGUAAUUUCUAUAAAUUAUUUAAUAUUCACUAAAUCAAUUGCAUAUAUUCUAAAUUUUAAACAACAUCUUGAAAUUAUUGUACAAAUCAAUUAAAAUUCUGAAAUCAUGGAAGCACAGUCUGUAGAAAUGGAAGCGGUUGAAAUAAAAACUGAACCGUUGGAUGACAAUGAUUUCAAUCAAAUUGUUCGUGAGGAAGUCAUAAUUAAGUCUGAAAAUGAAAUGGACUAUUUCCCAUCAUCACUUGACAUUAGAGAACCUGAAGUACAAAUAUCAGAAGAUUGGCUAGUGCCAAAAGAAGAACCAUCAACAAAAGAUUCCGUCGCUUUGGAAGAACCACACGAAUCCUUAACACCUCUAACAAAUUUAUCUCAAAACGAAGAUAGUCUACGAAGCGAAGAAUCUAAUAUCGAAUUAAAUUCUAAUCAGUGUAAAUUUUGUGAUAUGUUUUUAAAAAGUCGUACAGCUCUUAAACUACACGAACGCAAUUGUCAAUAUAAAAAUGAUUGUCGUCUAUGCGGUCAGAAAUUUGUUACAUCUUAUGCUCUUAGUACUCAUUUACAAAAAAUACAUAAUCGCAGAAUGGAAAAUGCAUCACCACAAAAAGAGGCCACACGUACUACUAUAGGUCGACCACCGCAUAUAUUUUAUGGUCCCUCUGGUAGCCAAUGUGAUAUUUGUAAUUUAAAAUUUGCAAACUCAAGAGAUUUAAAUAAUCACAAAAAGAAACAUAACACUUGUCAGCAAUGUGGCGAGAUUUGCAAGACUUAUGAGGAUUUAAAGAAACAUACAUGUGAUAAUGUUGUUGUGAAGGAAGAAGAAGAUCAAAGUGAAACCGAAACUCCAACAAAGAAAAUAUUUCGAGCAACUAAUAGCAUGGUUGUAAUUCCAGAUAAACAAGUUCAUACGCCUUCUAGAAGAUCCAAGACUAAAGUUAAAACUGCAAAACCAAAAAAGAAGAAAUCUAGAGCGUUAUUUCAGGAACAUUCAAAUGAAUCUUCUUCUGAGAAUGAACAUAAAAAGUUGCCAGUUGACAAUAAUAAUUUAGAACAUCUUUCGAGUCCUAAGAGUGGUUUUUCAGUUGUAACCAGAGAUACCGAUUUUGAAGCAUUUGCUCAACAAAUGAUGAAAGGGUUUGCUGAUAUUUCCGAACCUUUGGAAAAUCUUCCUGAAACAGAAUCUAUAUCGGAUCAAAUUUUACGAAAAUUACUAAUAUCAGCUAAAGAAGGUGAACGAAAGCAACAGGGUUAUCUUAAUAAAAAGAACGAAUCAGAUGCAGAAGCUGAUGCUCCCCAGUCUGAAAAUGAAAGUGUCAACUCCGAAGGAAACGUUUAUAAAUUACUUCAAACAAAUUUCAUCAAAGAAGAACCUCUCGACGACGAUGAUGAUUAUGAAGCUAACGAACCACCUAAACUAAAAAUGCCCAUACCACUUCCUUACAUCAAAGAUGAACCAGAAUCACCAGAACCAGAGCAACCUGAUAGUGCGACUGAUAACACUGAUUUAUUGCUUGAAGAACUAUUCGAUCGAAAAGCCAAAAAAGUACGACAAACUAAAUUCCCUUUUAAUCCCUCUUUCGAACCAAAUGGAUUAGGCUUUAAAGUUAAAAAAGAAAUCAAAGAACAAAAAUCUUUAGAUUGUGAUAGUAGCAAAUCAUCAUCAUCAACAACAAAAACAAAAACCACAACAAUAACAUCUUCAUCACCAAAAAAGAAAAAACGAAAGUAUGCUUUGAAAAAUAGAGGUUCAAUAGGUUCUGUACAAAAUGUGGUGGUUAAGGAGAAACCAAUCGCACUUGAACUUGGCCAUGUUUCAAGACGCAAAGCACUUCCACAUAAGAUAAAAGAUGACGUCUUAGAAAAUACCACGAACUUAUCAAAAAAAAUAUGUCUAACUUUUGUUCCUCCAAAAAGCACAAACAGUCCAAAUCCAAUGCAUUUUAAGGCUCCGAAUGGAAAAUUACCCACUUUAAAGAAUUGCGGAUUGGAUCAUUUUGAAACAAUUAGCAAACAAUCUCAACUGCUUCUAGAUGCAUGGGCAAAAAAGAAGGCUUCGGCAGCGGCGGCGGCAGCGUUGGCGGUGGCGGUUGACUCUGCCGGUGAUGAUACACCGUACUCAUCCGAUUACAACUGCACAUCGGGGGAUGCAGAUCAGAUGCAGAUGGAUUCAGAAAACGCUUGCAGUGGAGGUGACGACGACGAAGCUGCAUUAGUCGUAGAUGAAACAAAUUGUGUUUCAGUGAAGAUGGAAGAAGAUAUUACUUGUAGUUCCACGUCCACAUUGAACGGACAAGGUGACAUCAGCCAACAGCAAUUCCAGAUUCCUUCGAGUGGAGAAUUUGACUUUGAAGAUAUCAUUCAGUCAAAUAGGUUACCAAAUUUCAAUAAUGUUAACAAUGUCAUCAAAACCCUCACCGAGGAAUAUAAAAAAGCCGAGAAAGUCAAGCUCGAUGAUCCACCUACAUUUGUUGAGGCCAAACCAGUAUUACCAAAGGCAGAAGUUGACGAAGCAAAUAAACCUGCGUCGCUGUUUUUCCCCAUGUUGGACGAUACACAAGUCUAUAAUAUGGUUGCGAAUGCUUUGAAUGAAAAAUACCGUUAUGUUUGGAUUUGUCCCGCAUGUCCAAGGCAGUAUACUCAACUGAGACCGUUUAAAAAACACCUUCUGACGAUACAUUUUCAAAAUGACAGUGAACUUCAGGGAAAAGCUUUUGAGCUGCGACCUGAGUUAGUGAUGGAUGCUGGACCCAAUGAAACAUUUUGUCAUUUAUGUCAUGUCACACUUGCUGACAAUGCCACUUUGCGAAAACAUCAACUAGAAAUGCACAAAGAACAAGAUCUAACGCUAAGACAGAAGAAGAAACCGCUACUCCAUCGAUGUUAUAUUUGCAGUAAGUUGUGUUCAUCGCGGACACUGCUGGCGGAGCAUAUGAAGUCGGAUUGUGGUAAAAAUCCACAAUAUGGAUGUAAUGUUUGUGAUAAGAAAUUCCAUACGAAAAGUACCUUAAAUUUACAUAAGACAAUGCACACCGGUGAGCUGCCACAUUCGUGUAGUUUUUGUCAGAAGAGAUUUCGAACGAGAGGUCAGUUGACGGUGCACACUAGGACUCAUACCGGCGAGAAACCAUUUCCAUGCAAAGUUUGUGGUCAAUGCUUCACCCAUCGAGAAACUCUGAUUGCCCAUCUAUCACGUCACAUUGAUAUGAAACGUUACAAAUGUUAUGGCUGUGAACAAUUCUUCUCAUGCAUUUCCGGUCUCAAAACACACCGAUCCGUACGUCCAGAGACAUGUGGCCGUGUUGAAUUGAAUGCACGUGCAGUUGGCCCUCGAGUGCGAGUCAUAAAAGGCAACGUCAUUUUUGAACCGCAACCAAUUUACAAUGCGAGAUUAGCAAAAGCUGAAAAACCCCCUUUGGAUUCAUACAUUUUGGAUCAUAAUUACUUUCGAAAGGAUCAAACUAUACAGACUAACAAGAAAGUCUCUAAACAACAAUCGGCGACGAUUAAAAGUGAAAAUAUUACCAUUUUCCCACAAACGUAGAAGAAGAGUUUGAAUGAAUGAAUGUUGUUUUCUUUUUCUUAUUUAAUUUAAGUGAAAUUUUGUUUCUUACCUAUUUUUUUCUUUACCUAUUGUAGAAAUUUUAGGUAUGCCUUUAAUUAGUUGCUAAGUGAGAUAUUGUUCCAAAAUAAAGUAUUGCAUCGUUUUUAUAUACAUAUAUAUAAA